GCAGCAAGAAUCCGAAGAAGAACGCUGCCAACGCGGAAACCCUUGAAGUGCCAUUGUUCUCCACUUUCACCUCUUUAAUAUUUCCUUGACUUUCUCUGAGAAGGUGGUUGUUUUUCACCAUAGAAGUCUAAGCUAGCAAUCUUAAAAACAUCCAGCAUAUCGGGCUUUGAUCCAGCGCGGUGAAGAUUCGGAGGGAUUGCAAACAACCUGGUGGUUAGUUAUCUUAUCUCAUACUUAAGCCACAAUGAUCACAAGGAGGAGAGGUUCAAUCAAGAGACAUGAGGUGCAGUCCCCUGAAUUCGAAGUCACAGAUGCUGUGGAGACGGUAGAUGAUCUGCCCUGCCUACAUGAAGAGGAUGAUGGCACGGGAUUGGAGCUCGAUGAAUUGUUUGGUAUUGAUGACUUAAAAUGGACUGGCGAUAAUGACACAACCUCGUCACUCUUCGACGUGGGGCUGAACGACUGGGGUGUAUACAAUAUGAAGGAUGACGAUUCCAUGUUCGAAGCAUCCACAAGCCCAUCUCCAGAGAGAACGCCAUUCGAAGCAAGGUCUAAGAAAAGCGAGAACCGGGCUGGCUCCAUGGUUAACAAAAACGCCAUUGCCGCCAGAAUGAAUCGACUCAAGAAGAAGGAAUACGUCAACGAUUUGGAGAAGAAAGUGGGAUUGAUUUCGACCGAGAACCACAAACUGAAGCAGGAUAAUUGUGGGCUCAACAAGCGGGUGGAGGAGUUGGAAGAUGAGACCAGGUACCUGCGUGCCGUGUUGGCCAACGAGAGCAUGUUAGGCCAGCUCUUGUCCAGGCUAAGCGGUGUGAAUGGGAUGAAAUUAUCUUCCUCACUUUUCCAGGCAGCCAACCUAAAUGACCACGACUAUGCCCAACCCAGGAAGCGCAUCAAAGUGGAGGAGAAAGAAACAUCAGGCGGCAUCUGUCUUCACGUGGACAAGAACCAUGUCUCAGUGGAGUUCUGCACUAAGUGUGCAGAGAACGCAAGCGCAACGCUCAAAAUGUAGGGUCAAGUACUUAUCAUUGUUUUCAGAUUUUGAGAUGGAAAACGUAAACCCCGUAAUGAUCUUCAAGGGGUUGGCAAACACUGUUGAGUUUGCUUAGAUAUUGACAUAACUGUGCAUGUCUGUGUACAGUGUGAUGAAGCCAAUGAUUUUUUCUAAAGCACACGUUACUGCUAAACCUUGUUGACAGUUUUCUUCUAGGUAAUGGUUGAUCUACCAUGCGGGAUGAAUGGCUUUGAGAACACCUUUGCCUGCUUGACUCCAUGGUAAGGAUCAGACAAGAAAAGAAGCCAGUUUGUCUUGUUAUGAAGACCUGAGGUGUUUUAUAGCAAACAGAAUUUCAUUUUUUGGAUUUUGUUUGUAAUUGGGUCCUUUUUUCAGAGUAGAGCUCUUGAUUUAACUACUUAAGAACAUUUUGUACUUUUUUUUUAAUUUUUGGAAAUAUAUUGUUCUUCAUGUUACGGUGAAGUGUAAAUUACAAUUAGAAUCCUAAAUGUAUGGCAAAAAUAAUUAAGAUUGAGGUGAAGUUUCACAAAGAGCUAACAAAUUGGCUUUGAAUUGGCUUCCAACUGGGAUUUAAGCGAUCCAGUUCAAUAACUAUCCCUAUUUAGUGGGAGUGAAACUCUUUGUGAAGCUGCACCAUUGUACAGAAGAAUAUUUUUCAUUUAGCGCCCCCUAUCUUUCUUUAUGCUAAAGUGGAUUCUGCUGUUGGAAGUUGAAGAGCCGGGACAAGCUGCUGCCAUCGUGGCCUGGUUUAUUUUUUGAAAGGUAGUAUCGGUAUCGAUUGUUGUAAGUCUCUUCAUUAUACCAGAACUCACCACAUCCGUAGCAGCACACACAGUCCCCUGCUGCCUGGUGAAUCAGGAAUGGAUGAGGCUCUAAAGGCCUCAUUCACUACUUUGUAUAUACUGACAUUUUGGAAUGUAACAACUUAGAUUUUUCCAAAAUUUUGUAUAGAAAUGUGAAACAGAUUUACCAACUGUACAUAUAAUUUUGAAUAAGUUUGUUUUGAGAAAAUGUUCUUCAAUAAAUCCUAUUUUGAUCAUACCUUCACCUUAAAAUGUAUAUUGUCUUGUUCUGUACUGUUGAUAUUAAUGCUUCUCUUUUUCUCUUUCUGAACAGCAAGCUCUGCAGCUAAAGGUCUUACUGAACAUUUUGGUCAAGUCUGGUAAAGGUUUUCUAAAGAAAUUAAUAAGACCUGAUUUGAGUGGAAGCUAAAAUGAGCACUAAUAACGUCCAGAUUGGGGGAGUUCAACUGAACAUCACAGACCUUUCACAUUCUCACAUUAUUCCCAUGUCCUUUUGGAGUUAUUAUUCAUUUGAUGUCAUUAACAUAAAUUACAACUCAUUCCCAAAAACAUGCUGGACAUGGUAAGUUGUCUGUUACUAGUCCAUUAGAGCAUCAAGCGGUUGAUCUUUGCUAUGUAUAGAACCCUUAAAGGUCCCAUGACAUGCCACUGUGUUGAUUAGCCGUUAGUUUUGGAAAUCUGUCCCUUAUGACAUCACAGGUGGGCGUGUCCACCUAGAUGUGUGAUGGAUAGAUGAGCAACGUUUGCUUCAGUCCACUGGGUAGGCUGAUCUAUCCAGCACACAUCUAGGUGGACACUUCCACCUGUGAUGUCACAAGGGACAGAUUUCCAAAACGGCUUGUAACGGCUAAUCAGCCCACACCUGGUGGCAUGUCAUGGGACCUUUCAACUCUGCACAUGUAAUGUAAAACUGAUGCAUUUAUGAGUAAAUGAUGCAACUUCUACGGAUACAAUCCCCGUUUCUGACAAAAUAAUUAGCUUUAGACAGUUAGCUGAAUAGUUUAAAUUAAAACCCAAAGCCUUUUUGUGUUUAUUUUUGAUUACUUGAACAGCAAUAGACACAUAUACGUUGUUUAGUCUAUGUUUUGGGAAAGAUUUGUUCUAUUUUCAUAAAGCCCAUCAAGCAUUUGAGUAAUGUGAAUGUGGAAGUGUUAAGUGAGGUUUCCUAGUAUAUUCUACUAGACAAGAUUUAUUUUGUAAAUGGGAUUAACAAGUUGUGUUAACUAGGGCCCGACCGAUUCAUCGGCCUGCCGAUUUAAUCGGCCGAUUAUAGCAUUUUGAAAAUAAUCAACAUCUGCCAAAAGGACGCAGAUUACAACGUUUAUUUUUUAUGUUAUUGCGCUUAGUAUCCUGCAGAUUGCACUCCUACUUGCCUUGCUAACGAACAACUUUAGCUGGAGUAAAAAAGAGGAGAUUGAAUUUUACCGUACAACCUCACCAAUGUACACAAGACGCGUUGUUUGAGCAUGUUGUGCCUGUUUUUCUUUAGGUCCCAGGCCAUGUUAAUUUGUUAUACUGGACUCUAACGGUGAGACCAUACUGCUCAGCACGCACGUGUUAGUCACUGCUCACGAGCGCAGCACAUUGGGAGUUAGUUAUUUAUUUUACAUUUUACAUUACACUCAUUUUUGACUGUAAAUGUAUUCUAAAACACUCAAAGGUUCUGCAUUCAAUUCACAUAUUCGUCAAAAGUGUUUAAAGUAUAUUUAAGGUAUCAAAAACGACGUUUUAUAUGCUUUUUUCUGUUUUGUUUUUAAUCGACCGAUGUAAUCGUAAUUUUUCUCUGAAAAUAAUCGGCAUCGGCACUCAAAAAUCAAUAUCGGUCGGGCCCUAGUGUUAACAAGUCUCUUCCCAUUGCAACCGCCACUCAUUUCUGGUCCUUGCUGUUCAGCAUAAUGCACUCCCUUAUUUGUGUUCGUCUUACAAUUCUUAUGCAUAAGUCUAUUCAACUAUGCCAUAGGCAGAGGUGGAAAAAGUUUUUACAAAGCUACUCAAGUAAAAGUACAGUUUUAGUUACUUUUUUACCGGUCAUAAGUAAUAUCUCACCAAUUAUAAGUUUUCAUAAAGGGGGGGAUCCAAAAUCUAAUCAGGGUUAACUUUUUGAGGAAUUUUAAAGCCGGUCAUAAGGACUUAAACUUAUCUUGAAUAUAUUGGUUGUCGUGACCUGAUUUGCUUUUUUUCAAACCCAACAAAACAUACAUUAGGGCCUUCUAUUUUAGUCUAUAGCCUACUUCGACUUCAAGUAGUUUCAUCACACUAUAUGCUAGACAUCUGUGAUAUUAAGACUCUUAUCUCUGAAUCAUUUGUUCAAUAGCCUAAACAAAACGUCAAACUAUUUCAAGUCCAUAACUGAAGUUUAAGUUUGAGCUUGACAUAAUAGGACAGACAGCCAUUAAUCAUUCAGCCUACCAGCUACACCUUAGUCUGACCGCACUAACGGCUGAAAGCUAGGCUUGUUGCUAAGUGAACUCAAAUUCUCAGGCUAAUGCAGCAUGCAUCUUGUCGUUCUUGACAUACUUGCCUGCAAUAUCUUACUCCGUAUCUUGUGUGGUUUAAUGUUUCUAAGUACAAUACUUCAACCAAAACUUACUAAGGUAAAAGUAGUUUUUUAAAAACUAUUGAAAAUAUACCAAAUUCCUCAAAUCUACUCAAUACGUUUAAAAAAAAUUUGCUGCCACAAAAUUUUGUGAUUUGUGCAUCGUACACCACACAAAUACGUUCCCCUCACGUUUAUAUGAAUGGCGAUUGGACUUGAUUUUACGAUAGGAUAAAAAAGUGGCGAGACGAGACAUAUCUCACUGCACAAAGUAGGUAGACAAAGUAAAGUAAGGGAAGUUAUUGUGCGGGCAGUUUGAUUUUAUGUUAAUAUUCUCCUAAAUCGUUUAAAAUGUAUGCCAUAGUCUCAAAAGAGACUUGCUUUACACCAAAUAGCCAAUUUGUAUUUAGUGCAUAUCAUAUGCCAGAGCAAAUGAACACAAGCUGGCAGUAGGCCGGUUUUCAGGCCUGGAUGCCAGAAGGGGCCAAUUCUGGCAUGGUACGUGAAUGGGAAGCUACAGGGCAAGGCUUUACUUUUGUAAAUGUUUUACACAUGCGAGAUGUAUUAAUGUACACAUUUGUAGUAUACAGGGCUGGCACAUCGCAAUGAUUACCUCCAUUUUGGAAACAUUUGCAUACUAUUGUGUUAUAAAUAGUUUUGGGUCAUUGUUCAGCGAUCACAUCACAUGGCAGCUUUAUUGCUGUGCAGUAUGCCACAAUUACUUUAUUAAAAAUUAUCUAAGAGCUAUAGUCAAAGUGAACUGAAUAAGUUACAUAAAGGUCCGAAAUUACGUUUCUCCAUCUAUAUAAUAAAUCUUAAAACAGCCAUGACACAUAAUCAGAGUUAAAGUGAAUGUGAUGGUCGAAAAUACUAAUUUUAAAUGUGUGAUCAGGGUCAGGACAUUAGUUUCUGUAUUGCCGGUGUCGGUGUGA